AUGCACUUUGCCUCCGACAACUGGGCCGGCGCCCAUCCCGCCAUCGCCGACAAUCUGGCCCGCCGCAAUGGCGGUUUCGUCAAGGCCAAUGGCGGCAGCGACUUCGAUCUCCAGGUGGAACAGACAUUCCGCGACAUUUUCGAGACCGAUGUCGCGGUCCAUUAUGUCGGCACCGGCACGGCGGCCAAUGCGCUGGGCCUCUCCGCCGUCGCCCGGCCCGGCGGCGUCGUCCUGUGCCAUUCAGAGGCGCACAUCCGCGUCGACGAAUGCGGCGCGCCGGAGUUCUUCGCCGCCGGCACCCGUCUUGAGAGCGUUGACGGUGAACUGGGGCGCUUCGACGCCGCCUCGCUGGAAACGGCAAUCGGCCUGAUCGAGGAUGGCGGGCUCAAUGCCGGGCAGGUGCAGGCGGUAUCCGUCAGCCAGCUGACCGAGGCCGGCACCGCCUACGAUCUCGAUACGAUCGGCGCCAUCGCCGAUGUCGCCCACGGCCACGGCGUGCCGCUGCACAUGGACGGCGCGCGCUUUGCCAAUGCGGUCGUCGCGCUCGGCUGCACGCCGGCCGAGAUGAGUUGGAAACGCGGCGUGGACAUCGUCUCCUUCGGCGGCACCAAGAAUGGCUGCUGGUGCGCCGAGGCGGUGCUGGUCUUCAAUCCCGACCAUGGCCGCCAGAUGGACUAUCUGCGCAAGCGCGCCGGCCAUAUUGCCUCCAAGGCGCGCUUCGUGUCGGCGCAGUUCGAGGCCUAUUUCGCCGAUGGCCUCUGGCUCGAUCUGGCCUCUCACGCCAACCGGAUGGGCGCGCGGGUCGCCGGCAUCAUCGCCGCGCGCAACCGGUUCCGGCUCGCCUGGCAGCCGCAGGGCAACGAAGUGUUCGCGGUCGGCCCCAAAGAGGCCGUCGAUGCGCUGGCGGAAAAAGGCGCGCAAUUCAGCCACUGGCAACCGCCGCGCGCAGAGCGCCAUCUGGUCGGCGAAGACGAGGCGAUGAUCCGCCUUGUCGCGUCGUUUGCCACCACCGACGCGGACGUGGCCGCGCUGGAAGUCGCGCUUGCCGGUUAG